UCAAAAAGUUGUGGUGUUUUCAUGCUUUUUGAAUUUUGCAAAGUUUCCGAAAAAUGUGUUUCAAAAUCGAAACGAAAUGAGAAAGAAUGUUAUUUCUUUUCUAAAUUCUUUCAAACUUGCAAUUUUUUUACGUUGCACGAUCAUUACGAAAUGAUAAUUUGCGAUCAGAGUUAAUUGUUGUGUUAUUGUGCUACUUGUUCUGUAAUUUUAUAAAGUUCUACAGCCUUAUCAUCUUCGACUGAAAUGGAUAAAGACGGCUACAAUUUAUUCAUCGGAUCCUCAACCGGUCUAAUAAAAGGGGCGUACGUAGGAAAAAACGAUGUCAACGUGAAAGUAUUCUCCAAAAACUGUGUUAAAGAUAAAGAACUGAUAUCCAAUAAGAAUGAGAUAACAUAUUUAAAUUGGGACAGCAGCUUAGAGAAUGAGAUUUUAGUCGGCAUGAAAAAUGGAAUCAAGACUUUCAACGUCGACAGCGAAGAAUUUACUAUAAACUGUAGCAUUCCAGACGGAAAUAUUGGUGGAUUUUUUAAAAAUGACGAAACUUUAUUCUUAGCAUUGAAAAGUGGUUCUAUCAAGUCACUGAAAUAUCCUUUCGACGAAGAAAAUCUGAUAGAAGAAUUCAACGUUGGUAAAGAUGUCGAGAAAAUGAAGCGGAGUAUCACGAAAUCCAAUAUUGUUGCUGUAGGAGGCAAAGAUAAUGACUUGAAAUUAUACGAUUUAAAUACUAGACAGACUACGUUCAUUGCUAAAAAUAUUAAACCUGACGAACUUCAAAUUCAAGCACCGGUUUGGGUAUCAGAUAUGACGUUUUUCCCUGAUAGCGAUAAAAUUAUCAAUUGCAGUCGUCAUGGUUAUGUAAGAUUAUACGAUCCACUUUUGCCCCAAAGAAGACCGGUAAUAAAUGUUCAGCAACCAGAAGAAGUAUUUACUUGUAUUUCACGCACUCCGAAUGAUCAACAAGUGUUGGUUGGUAGCGGCUAUGGCAAUCUCAUGCUAGUAGAUUUACGCAAUAAAAAUGCAUUCGCUGGAAAAUAUAAAGGAUUUACUGGUGCUGUGAAAAGUAUAGCUUGUCCCUCUAACCAAUCUUUAGUCAUGACUGCAUCUCUCGAUAGGCAUUUUAGAAUACACGAUUUUACGACGAGACAAUUACUUGUUAAAGAGUACAUGCAAUCGAGACUUACAACAUUGUUACCGAAAGAAUCGUUCGAAUUGAAGAAAUUCAAAAGUGAAACAACGAGUGAUCCUGAAGUAAAGAAGAAAAAGAAAAAGAAAGUAGUGGAUGAAUUAGAACCAGAUAGUCAAAAUGCUAGCGAAAUUGAAACCAGUUCUAAAACAGCUAAAAGAAAGACCAUCGACGAAAAAGCUGUGGAAGAACCUAAAAAAAUAAAAUGGAAAAAAACUAAAUGAAUCACGAUACGUGACUGAUUUAAUUUUAAAUUAUGGUGUACACAAAUGAUUAUUUUGUCGUUGAAUGUAUUUGUGAAAAUAUACGUUUUUUAUAAGAGAAAAUCAAUAA